GGGAUCGAAAUGGGAAUGGGUUGGGAUCGGGAUGGGAGUGGGAUUUGAGAUGGGUGGGAUGUGAGAUGGGUGGGAUCGGGAUGGAAUCGGGAUGGAAUCGGGAUGGGAGCGGGAUGGGAAUGGUUUAGGAACGGGAUGAGAUCAGGAUGGGAGUGGGAUAGGAUCGGGGUGGGAACGGGAUGGAGGUGGGAGGGGAUCGGGAUGGGAGUGGUCUGGGAGCUGGAUGGUAGCGGGGUGGGAGCGGGAUGGGAUCGGGACAGGAGCCGGAUGGGAGUGGGGGGAAUCAGGAUGGGAGGGGGAUGGGAACGGGAUGGAGCUAGAGUGCGAUGGAAUCGGGGAGGGGCAGAGAUGGGGACGUGGGAAGGAACGAAAUUGGGACCGGGAGGGGGUAUGUUGGGAUGGGAUCGGUGUGGGAAUGGGUUGGGCUUCGAGAUCAGAUUUGGGAAUGUUUCGGACUUCAAGAUCGAGGCUUUAAAUUCGAUGCCACGUCAGCAGUGCCACAUCAGCAGUGCCACAUCAGCAGUGCCACAUCAGCAACAGUGUCACGUCAGCAGUGCCACGUCAGCAACAGUGCCACAUCAGCAGUGCCACAUCAGCAGUGCCACAUCAGCAACAGUGCCACAUCAGCAACAGUGCCAUGUCAGCAGUGCCACAUCAGCAGUGCCACGUCAGCAGUGCCACAUCAGCAGUGCCACGUCAGCAGUGCCACAUCACCAGUGCCACAUCACCAGUGCCACAUCAGCAGUGCCACGUGGCAGCCGAGGCUAUCCGCCUACAGCUGAAACAGCGGCAACAGCUGAGAAGCAGCGGCUUCAGGCCGAAGCAGACGCAGAUACCCAGGAACACCGCAAGGAAGCCCAGGAUCUGCUACAGCGGCAUGAAGCCACCAGCAUCGAAAAGCUCAAGUUUUGGCACUUUGAACCAUCCGAGGGGCACGACGACGCGACACCGGAGGAGCAGCAUAAGGAAUUCAUGGCCAAACUCGUGACUAGGUUGGUUUACACUUGUAACCACCUGCAGUCCGAGCUGGCGAUUCUCCGACGGGGAAUGCAGAGCCACAAGGAUUUGCACGAGGAUGCUACACGAGCACUUCAUUUCCGUGUACAGGACUUGGAGCAAUCUGCACCAAGACCAGAUGCCGGCGAGUCCAACAGCGCACCCUCUACCCGCCAGUUGGAGGAACGAGUUGACCACGUAGUCGCAAUGCUCGGCGACAUCAGUACCUUCGCUGCACCAGCCACCAUCAGCAAGCAGCUGGACACCUUGAAGACCGAGGUUCAGCAACUACAGCUGCCUAACAAGGAUGGCAACAGCCUGCAGCACUACAAGAUGCCGACAUUCCAAAUCGAGAAAUUCGAUGAUUAUACGCAUCAAGACCCGGUCCUCUGGUGGGAGGGCUUUACGACGCAACUUCGGAUUCUGUUCGUCGCCAAGCACACGUACAUCGGCGCGUUGUUUCUCAACUCAAAGGGCGGACGCCAGAUCUGGUUGAGCCACCUGGCAACCGUCCACGGCGUCGACGUCGCAGAUCUCAAAGAUAAGAUCUCUUGGGAAGAGUUAACACGGCUAUGGAAGAAGCGGUUCAUCGUAGACGACGCCCCGGCGCUCGCCAUCAACCGCCUCUUCGCUAUGUCUCAAGGCAACACAACAACACGUAACUGGCUCACGGAAUGGCAAAAGAUCGUGGCCACGCCCGAUCUAGAAUUGCCAUUUUCGCAUCUGCGCCGGGAGUUCUACAACCGGUCAUGUGCCGCCUUGAGCCUUGCACUUGGUGAUCGCGAGCAAUACGCGACCUUCGCCGAAAUCAUCGACAAGGCAAGGGAGAUCAUCAAGACCAAUAGGGCGGCUGCACACGAGAAGUCAGCAUGGCAGCCAACCUACGUGGAGAAAGUACCAACUCCGUUGAUGGACGUCGGAGUAGAGGUUGUCGACCUUCACGACUACAUUCCGAAGAUCGACCGCGAGUUCAAGACGCAACGUGCUUUGAUCGAUUGCGGAGCAUCUCGCAACUACAUGAGCCAGGACUUCAUGGUACGCGCCGACCUUGGCCCACGCGUCAGGAGGAAGUCCCAGCCUACGCAAGUCACGUUGGCAGACGGUCACACGCACAAGUCAAUCAACCGGUGCAUUGAUGACGUCCCCGUGUACUUUGCCCUGCAUGCAAGCGAGGCGGUGUCCUUCCAUAUUUUGGACACCAAAUUCGACAUGAUCUUGGGCAUGUCAUGGCUGCGAAGUGAGGAUCACCCGGUGAACUUCUACCGCCACACCGUUCACGUUCGUGAUCGGAACGGAGUACUAGUCCCAUGCACACUAGCUCCUCCUCACCCUUCGAUCAGCUGCCACGUGGUGUCCGCCUCAAGCAUGCGAGCUUUCAUCAUUAGAGACGACAUCGAGGAGAUGGGGGUGUGUUUUCUCCACGCCCUCCCGCCCCAUGACGCUUCAUCGACGGACUCAUCUUCGGACCCACGCAUCACCGAGCUUCUCGACGCCUACGGCGACGUGUUUGAAGGCCUGCAGGGAGUAGUACCGGAUCGGCCCAUCCGCCACGAGAUCAUCCUCGAGGACGGGGUUGUACCUCCGCGUGGUUGCAUCUAUCGAAUGAGCGAGGAAGAGUUAAGUGUGCUACGGGCACAACUCGACGACCUUCUUGAGAAAGGCUGGAUUCGGCCUAGCUCCUCGCCAUAUGGGGCUCCCGUUCUCUUCAUUCGGAAGAAGAACAAGGAUUUCCGGUUGUGCAUCGAUUAUCACAAGCUCAACGCGCAAACGAUCAGAAAAGUCGGCCCUCUUCCACACAUAGACGACCUUCUCGAACGGCUGGGCGGCGCCAAGUUUUUCUCCAAGCUUGACCUCAAGUCGGGAUAUCACCAACUCGAGAUUCGGCAGGAGGACCGCUACAAGACCGCGUUUAAGACGCGAUAUGGGCAUUUCGAAUGGUUGGUUAUGCCAUUUGGCCUUAUGAAUGCCCCGGCCACUUUCCAAGCGGCUAUGACAACGGAGUUCCGACACAUGCUGGAUCGAUUCGUACUUAUCUACCUCGACGACAUUUUGGUGUACAGUCCGAGUUUGGACGAGCAUGUGGAGCACCUACGCACCGUUUUGGAGCGGCUACGACAAGCCAAGUACAAAGCCAACCGCGACAAAUGCGAAUUCGCGAGGCAAGAGUUGGAGUACUUAGGACAUUAUGUGACGCCGCAAGGCAUCCGUCCGCUUGCGGACAAGAUCGAGGCCCUCUGCGUAUGGCCCGAGCCCACCAACACCACGGACGUCGUUCAUUCAUGGGUCUUGGUACAACACGAUGGCGACGACUGGCACCCUGUAGAGUAUUUCAGUCACAAAGUGCCUCCCAUCAAUUCGCUUGAUGAUGCAAGAAAGAAGGAGCUGCUCGCGUUCGUGACGACUCUCAAGCGAUGGCGACACUUCCUCCUUGGGCGUCGAAGGUUCACAUGGGUCACGGACAACAACCCAUUGACCUACUACAAGACGCAGGAUACGGUGAGCAGCACGAUCGGACGAUGGAUGUACUUCAUCGACCAAUUUGACUUCACACCGAAGCACCUUCCCGGCCUCUCCAAUCGCGCAGCAGAUGCACUAUCGCGAAGACCCGAUCUUUGCGCUAUGACAGAUCAUGCCUUCGCAUUCGACGAGGAACUCCAGCGACACUUCAUCCAGGGAUAUGAGUCUGAUCCGAACCUCGCCACGUUAUAUGCGCAGCUAUCUUCGGAUCACCCGCCGGCCAGCCACUAUCGCAUUGUCGACGGGUACUUGCUCCUCCACUCGAGAGGCAAGGACUUGUUGUGUGUCCCACGCGACCGUCGUCUUCGGACUCGCCUUCUCGGUGAGUACCAUGACUCGCGACUCGCCGGCCAUUUCGAAGUCAACCGCACUAUUGAACGGCUUCGACAACGAUUCCGAUGGCCCGACCUCAUUACCGAUGUCACUCGGUAUUGCGACUCUUGCGAAGUUUGCCGACGAAGCAAGCCCCGCAAUCGCAACCCCUAUGGCGAGUUGCGCCCGAUGCCUAUCCCACGGGAACCCGCCCUCUCCAUUGCCAUGGAUGUCACCGGACCUUUUCCCCGCGAUCGCCGCGGGCACGACGGCAUCCUCACUGUUGUGGACCGUUUGAGUAAGUAUGCGCAUUUUCUCCCUUGCAAGUACUACUCCACGGCUCCCGAGUUGGCACGCCUCUUGCACACCGGUUGGAUUUGCGGCCACGGUGUACCGGAAGACAUAGUCAGCGACCGCGACACUCGCUUCAUGUCGACAUUUUGGACUGCUCUCAUGCAGGAGUUCGGCACGAAAAUGAAGCCAAGUUCGGCUCGGCAUCCACAGACGGACGGGCAAACGGAGCGGGCACAUCAAACCGCUCAAAUGAUGCGUCGUACGCUCAUCCGUCCGGACCAGAAAGAUUGUGUGGACCGCCUCCCCGACAUCGAGUUCGCCUACAACACUUUGGUGAACCCAGCGAUCGGUGUGACUCCAUUUGAGUUGCACCACGGUGGACGGAAAGGCCGUAUCUUCGCCGACCUUCUCCUCCCACAACCAGCCGACAUCGACGCCGCUUGCUCUCCCGCUUCCGUCCAGAAGUACAGGGAAUUGUUGGCUCAAGCCCGCGCGAAUAUGCAAGAGGCUCAAAUCCGCAUGCAGCAGCAAGCCAACAGGCGUCGCGUGCCAUGUCCCAUCCGCGCCGGUGAUCUGGUUUGAGUCUCCGUGGAAGAGUUUGCACUGGAACAGGAUGUUUCACGCAAACUACUUCCCAAGUGGUUUGGACCAUGGCCCGUAACAUCAGCCGC